AUGGCGUCAAAGAAAUUUGCUGUUAAGUGUGGGAAUUUUGCUGUCCUGGUGGAUCUUCAUAUAUCUCCGCAAGGUUCAAACAAAGAUACCAGCUGGUUUUCUGAACAGAAGAAAGAGGAAGUCUGUUUACUGUUAAAAGAAACCAUUGAUUCAAGAGUGAAGGAAUACUUAGGAGGUCGUAAACAGCACAGGCCGUCAAAUACAGAAUUCACAAGAUCCAAUCCCUUGUCCUUGAAAGGUUAUGGCUUUCAAAUCACAGCCUAUUUCCUCAAGAGAGGGAUACGUCUCCGCUGCCUCGGGGGCUCACAGAAUGCAGAACUCCGGGUAUUUCCCGACAGAUUUGUGGUCUGCGUAAGUCAGCUUGCAUUCAGUCACGAUCUUUUGGCAAGUCAGAGUGAAGACGUCCAGCCGGGAAGAGCUCUCCAAGGAGCGUCGGAGGAUCGUGCUGCAUGCGUGGAGAGGCCGUUUCUUCCUGGCGCAGAGCUCAGGAGAAACGCUCUGCAAGACCUUGUGAACAGAACUGAAACAGAAAGGAGCAUCGUGAGCAAAUCACGGAGCAGCAGGAACAGUGUGGGAACAUCCAGUGACUCAGUGAUUGCGGAGGUAGCACAGAAGAGGGGGGACAGCCAGGCCCCAUCCGGUCCCCCGUCCACGGGACAGGCGAAGGCUUACAUAAGGGCAGCUGAGAGCCACCGGGGGCUUCCUGUUCCAAAGCUGGAGAAAGUUCAUCAGCCCCCGCCAGAAGGCACCAGCCACGCAGAAACCUCAUCCUGGGACGCGGUUAGAGACGGGGCUUCUUCGCGGGAGCCCUGUCUGUAG